GUAAACAUUGUCGUGUAAUCACAAAAGAAAAAUCUUCAAUUUUUUCUGGCUUUCAUGCUCAGAGAGAGAAAGAGAGAGAAUGGCGAUGGUGUCAUGGAACUUGGGCCUAGGUGCAUCUCAAAAGAGAGAGGUACCCCAACUCCAAGUAUUUUGCAGAAAGAAAGAGAGAAACAGAGAUAACAACCACCCUUAUAAAGUCAUCGAAAUUACGCCUCCGCCCAAGAACCUUGGCAUUCGUUGCUUCCCCUCUAACUUGCAAUGUGGAGAGAGUGUAACAAUAGAAGGCCAAGCCUAUACUAUUUCAGCUGUAACUCAUCGAUACCAGCUUCGAAAGGGCAAGUAUGAACCAAGUGAGAAGAGGCUUGAUGUUUUGUCAACAGGGAGAUACAUCCUGAAUUUGUAUUUAGAAAGUUUACUAGAACAAUCUUGAUGUCUAUUUUAUGAAUAACUUCCAUUAUAUAUAAAAAUUAGGCUUUGUAUAACUAGAUUGUACAGGACCACUCUUUUAAAUUGCAUCUUAAUGCUUUAGUUGUAACAGCUAAAAAACUGUGCAAUGAAGCUUUAAGUUAAUGACUUAAUGCAACACCUUUACUUGUAAA